UUCGCCGAAUGGUACCAUUUGGGCUUGUCCGCUGCAGCUUUGAUGAGAAGCGGCAGCGGAACGGUCAUCUAAGUCACUAUGUCCAGCGACUAAACCCACACGCCCUUCCCCUCUGGCCUCCACUACCCCCACCCCUUCCCCCUUGCUGCCCUACUAGUCCACCACGUCAAUGCACACGCCCCCGCGCCUUCCUCAGUCCGUCCGCGAGUCCCACUCCACACGGAAGCCCACAUUCCUGGAACGGCGCGGAAAGCCAUGGCCUGCCCUUUGACAGCCACCCUGGGGACCGGCGCCGAGAUGCCCCUGCUGGGCUUCGGCACGUGGCAGGCGCUGGGCGGCGAGCUGGAGGCGGCCCUGGAGACGGCGCUGCAGAGCGGCUACCGCCACAUCGACACGGCGGCCUUCUACGGCAACGAGGGCGACAUCGGCAAGGUGCUGGAGGCCUGGAUCGCGGCGGGGAAAGGCACCCGCGAGGAGCUGUUCCUGGUCACCAAGCUGCCGCCCGCGGCCAUGCGCCCGGCCGGCGUGCGCAAGAGCGUGGAGCGGUCGCUGCGGGCGUUGCGCACCGACUACAUCGACCUGUUCCUGAUCCACGUGCCCGUCGCCUUCGUGGAGCGCGGCGACGAGAUGCUGCCCCUCGGUGACGACGGCGAGGUGAUCCUGGACCGCGACUCGGACUUCGUGGCCGUCUGGAAGGCAAUGGAGGAGGAGGUCGACAAGGGGUGCGUCAAGGCCAUCGGCUUGUCCAACUUCACCGAGAACCAGAUUCAGCGCGUCCUGGACAACUGCCGCAUUCGCCCGGCCAACUUGCAGGUGGAGCUGCACGUGUACAUGCAGCAGCGGCCGCUCGUCGCGUUCUGCAACACGCAGGGCAUCACCGUGACGGCCUACUCGCCCCUGGGCAGCCCCGGCCUCGAGAAGGUCUACGCCGCCUGCGGCCUGGAGAAGGUGAUGCCGGACAUACUCCGCAACCCCGUGGUGGAGGAGGUGGCCGCGCGCCUGGGCAAGUCCCCGGGACAGGUGCUGCUGCGGCACACCGUGCAACGCGGCAUCGCCGCCAUCCCCAAGAGCACCAACGAGGCCCGCAUCGCGCAGAACAUCCAGAUCUUUGACUUUGAACUGAGUCCCGAGGACGUGGAGAAGCUCGACGCACUGGACCUGGGCGAAACGGGUCGGAUCUGUGACCUAAAGUUCGCCGUGGGGUACGCUGGCGCCCGUAAGGGAUCUUGCCGCCGACGUAGAAGGUCCCAAUCAUCGCUAAUUUCACGUAAUCACGUGUUUCAGGCUGCAGAAGCAUCCGGAAUACCCCUUCUAGUCACAAUUGUUUACACGAACGAGGAGCCACGAUUGCACCGAACAAGCAGAAAACCAUGGCACAUUAGCAAAUAAAUAAUAGAAAGCAA